ACUGCUCAUGAAAGCACUUCUUCCAUUUUCAGAGUUUAGAGAGAGAAUCUAGAGAGAGAAAAUUGAACACCGUCCAUGGCUAAAAAAGGAGUCGGUGGUGGUGGUGGUGGUGGAGGCGGUGGUGGCGGUGGAGAUGAGGAAGAUGAGGAGAACGGUAGCUCAGGUAAGAGAAUAAAAUUGGCCAAGGCUGAAGAACCACAACAACAAAGUCUUGAUUUUGGAGAGAACUAUGAUGAUGAUGAUGAUGAUGAAGAUGAUGAGGAUGAGUUUUGUAGCGAGCUUCCAUUAAGAGCAGAGAUCUUGUUCUAUCCAAUGACGACGCCUACUUCGUUCGUUGUCUCCGAUGCUCUAGAGCCCGAUUUCCCCAUUAUUUACGUUAAUAAGGUUUUUGAGAUCUUCACCGGUUACCGCGCCGACGAGGUCCUAGGUCGAAACUGUCGGUUCUUACAAUAUAGGGACCCUCGUGCUCAAAGGCGGCACCCUCUGGUUGAUCCUGUUGUUGUUUCUGAGAUUAGAAGAUGUCUUGUGGAAGGAAUUGAAUUCCAGGGUGAGCUCCUUAAUUUCAGGAAGGAUGGCACACCCCUAGUUAAUAGACUAAGACUUGCACCUAUACAUGAUGACGACGGAAUCGUGACACAUGUGAUAGGUAUUCAGGUUUUUGCAGAAGCGAAAAUAGAUCUGAACCGCCUAUCAUAUCCAGUUUUCAAAGAAACUUGUAGUCAGCAGUUUAAUCAGUCAGGGAAGUAUCCUUGUAUUACUGGAGAAUCACCAAUCAACCAAGAACAACAAAUCUGUGGUAUUCUUCAGCUUUCAGAUGAAGUCUUAGCUCACAAUAUAUUGUCUCGUUUGACACCAAGGGAUGUUGCAUCCAUUGGUUCUGUCUGCAGAAGGAUUCGUCAGCUCACGAAAAAUGAGCAUGUGAGGAAGAUGGUAUGUCAAAAUGCAUGGGGGAGAGAGGUCACUGGUACAUUGGAACUGAUGACAAAGAAAUUAGGAUGGGGGCGCCUUGCUCGGGAAUUGACAACUCUUGAGGCUGUAUGUUGGAGAAAAUUUACAGUUGGAGGUGCAGUAGAGCCGUCACGAUGUAAUUUCAGUGCUUGUGCUGCUGGCAAUCGGCUUGUAUUGUUUGGAGGUGAAGGAGUUAAUAUGCAGCCAAUGGAUGACACAUUUGUUCUCAAUCUUGAUGCUGCAAAUCCAGAAUGGCGUCGAGUGAGUGUAGGAUCAUCCCCACCAGGUCGUUGGGGUCACACUCUCUCGUGUUUGAAUGGUUCCUGGUUAGUAGUCUUUGGAGGAUGCGGGCGUCAGGGAUUGCUCAAUGAUGUCUUUGUUCUCGACUUGGAUGCCAAACAGCCAACAUGGACAGAAGUUUUCGGUGGAACUCCCCCUCUUCCGAGAUCCUGGCAUAGUUCUUGCACGAUUGAAGGUUCAAAAUUAGUUGUUUCAGGUGGAUGCACAGAUGCUGGAGUACUUCUAAGCGAUACAUACUUGUUGGAUCUCACUACGGACAAGCCUACAUGGAGAGAAAUUCCAACUUCAUGGGCACCUCCAUCUCGGUUAGGGCACUCACUUUCAGUUUAUGGGCGAACGAAAAUUCUUAUGUUCGGUGGUCUAGCCAAGAGUGGGAACCUAAGAUUGCGAUCUGGAGAGGCAUACACCAUUGAUUUAGAAGAUGACGAGCCCCGGUGGAGAUUACUGGAAUGUAGUGCAUUUACCGGUGUUGGCAGCCAAAGUGCUGUUGUUCCUCCUCCUAGACUAGAUCAUGUUGCUGUGAGCAUGCCUUGUGGAAGGAUCAUCAUCUUCGGUGGAUCCAUUGCCGGGCUUCACUCACCUUCGCAACUCUUCCUUUUGGAUCCUUCCGAGGAAAAACCAUCAUGGAGGAUUCUUAAUGUUCCAGGACAACAACCGCCGAAAUUUGCUUGGGGUCAUAGCACUUGUGUGGUUGGAGGGACAAGGGUCCUAGUAUUGGGCGGCCACACGGGUGAGGAGUGGAUACUCAACGAAUUGCAUGAGCUGUGCUUAGCAAGCCGACAGGACUAAAAACUGAUCCCACACCAACAUCAUUCUGGGACAAAAAAUUUUGUUUCAUGGCUCAUGCCAUUUCGGGUUCUUCGAUAGUUCCUAUACUGCAUUUUGUAGCAUUUGUAAUUUGCUUAGAUCAAAUUCUGGUGAGGUUCUUCUGAUGUGUUGUGGAUUUGUUUAUUAUUAGCUCUGUAUCAUAUCAUAUAUAUAUGUAAAGAUCUUUGUGCCUA